CGCAGCGACCUUCUCUGCUCGUGCCGCCAGACUCACGUUCGUCUGGGCGUAGGUUGGCCACGCAUACGAUUCUUCCUUUGCGAGUUACCGGAUAAAGGAAGGUUCUUCUCGAGGUUUUCUGCUUCACACGGAAAGCUCCUCCCUAGUUCCACAAGCAUGUCGAAUCCUUCCAAGGAAAGCCUCCCCAAGGUUGCCAACGAGAUCCAGCAGGAACUGACCAACUUUAAGCAGGUCACCCUGAAGCACACUGAGACUCAGGAGAAGGUGGUGUUGCCCUCGAAAGAAGAUGUGCAGCAAGAGAAGAUCCACAACACCCUUCUGCAUGGUGUGGAACAUUUUGAAAAACAAAACCUCAACCACGCCGAAACACAGGAGAAAGUGUGCCUGCCCAAUCAGCAAGACAUUGAGUCUGAAAAGGAGCACAAGCAGAUCAUCGAAGGCAUUGAGACGUUUGAUGCCAGUAAGUUGAAGCAUGCGGAAACGCAGGAGAGAAAUGUCCUCCCCACUAAGGAAGUGAUAGAACAGGAGAAAGCAGCCUGAUUUGGUCCAGGCCUACCACCCUCGAUGCCAAAAGCCUCAUUGCUUCCAGUCACUUUGUGUGUUUUUCUGUACCUUUAUAGAUGAAAACAUUUGUCGGUGAGCCAGGCGACUUAACGAAUUGUGACCCUGCACUGUUGCACGAUCAGCAGUGUGCAUGCUCAAUGUUUGUCCGUGGAAUUCGAAUUUCUAGCUGCUGAUCAAAUUUUUGGAAAGCAUUUAAAAGUGUAAAACUGCUGCCCGGAGGUAUUUUGUUUCUCCCUACACACUUUUUAUAUCUGAAAUCUUUGUGGGGUUUGGAAUCUUUUGGUGCCUCCCAUUAACUAUCGGAGAUGUCACCCGGGAAGGAAACUUGUACUUCGCUUGGAUUUCCUUGGGAAUGUCCUCACUGUGAACAAAGUGUGGGUUGUAACUUCAAUUUGUAUUUUUUUUCUAAGUGGAGGUCAUUGGACUGGUUAUUUAAAUAAAAACUCUGUGGAAAUCUUG